AUGAAGGAGGACGCUAAACAUGCCGUAUUUUGCUGUAUAAGAUUCGAUCGAGGACGGCCCCAAAGCGAGCCGGACAAUAUUAUCAAUAACAUGAUUAGCGAUAGAGAAGUGUGGAGCGCCGUGGAAGUUUUUGUAACAAAAGUGAUGCGUAAACUGCGACGCGUAGAUAGGCAGCGGGUGAAGAGAAGAGGCGUUCUAUCACACUACUUAAUGGAUGGAGCAUCAAUCCUGCCGCCAUUAUUUUUGGAUAUUCGGCCGGGUGAUCGAGUAGUCGAUGCCUGCGCUGCGUCCGGUGGCAAAUACUUACUAAUGUUGCAAACAUUAUAUCCUUCUCAAAUAGUGUGCAAUGAUUUGAUGGAAUCCAGAGUUACUCGCAUACGUAAAGUAAUGAAAGAAUAUCUAUUUGAUUAUCAUGAGCGUUGGGAAGGGCGGCGUUUAUUAUUGAAUCAAUGUGAUGCCCGCAAAUUGGAUGAAUAUGGUACCUUUGACAAAGUUCUGGUAGAUGUACCUUGCACGACAGAUCGCCAUUCAUUGAUGGAAAACGAUAACAAUAUUUUCAAACCAACUCGUAUUAAAGAACGUUUGCGCAUACCUGAGCUUCAAGCGGCAAUUUUAGCAAAUUGCUUACGUUUGCUUAAACCGGGCGGAAAUUUAAUAUAUUCCACAUGUUCCUUGUCGCCGAUACAAAACGAUGGUGUUGUCCAUAUGGCAAUGCAAAAAGUUUUUAAUGAUUUCGGCUUAACAUUUACUAUUAAAGAUCUAAGUUCGUUGAUACAUUUAUUUAGUGACAUAUACCGUUUCGAACGCCCUAAAGGUUUAAAGUAUGGUCAAAUGGUUAUACCGUAUUUACCGGCCAAUUUUGGACCAAUGUAUUUUAGUAAGAUUACAAGAGAUGAAUGAAUGAAUAACGAUGAUGCGAUUCUUUCGAAGCAAGAAGCAAAUGAAAUUAAAAUUUUGUACAGUUUUCCACACUUUUUACCGAUGAUAGCCUUAAAGGUGUUACUGAAAGAUACGGCGAUCAUAUUAUACAGCUUACUGACAGAUGUUUAUGUGGUAUUGAUCACUGGAAAGCUCUACGAGCUGGAAAAUGUGUUUACGCCUAUUUAUUAUUAUAUGGAGAAAUGCUUUGGAGACAUGGAAAGCUACAGAUUGUUGAAAUGAUGUGCCAAUUAUUUAACUCAAGGAUUACUCCUCAAUUUUGCUAAUGUUAAUAUCGGCUCUCUGAAUAAAAAUUAUAUAUCAAAAAUGGUGCAUAGUACAGUAUGUUUCCGUACUGUCUGGA